AUUUGAACCAAUUAGAUAACAAUUCACAUCCCUCUAGUGGAGAAUUAUCUAAACAACCCAUCUGUCAAAAUUCCAAAAAUAAGAAGAAAGAAAAAAGUGUUUAAAAUGAAGCAUCAAUUUGUUGAUCCAAAAUCAAAUUCAGCAAACAAAGGUGAAGCUGAUGAAUGUUUAUUUGAAUAUUUACACGCAGAAAUAGUUAAUUAUGUAUUAAGCACAUCUGUCAACACUGGGGAAAAGGAAGAAGAUUUAUCACGAUUGGAAUCAAUGGGAUUUAGUGUUGGUUAUCGAAUAAUUGAACGAUUGACAAGAGAAUGGCCACGUUUUAAAGACGAAUUGGAUACAAUAAAAUUUAUAUGCACAGAUUUUUGGACAAGUUUAUAUCAAAAACAAAUUGACAAUUUACGAACAAAUCAUCAUGGCACUUAUAUGCUACAGGAUAAUUCUUUUCGUUUAUUAUCAAAUAUUGGUGGAAAUAAUAGUAAACAAUAUCUUCGUGAAAGUCCACGUUUAUUAGCAUUUACAUGUGGUCUUCUUCGUGGAAGUUUGGCAAAUUUGGGAAUUCCAUGCACAGUUGACGCAGAAGUUGCCGCAUUGCCUAGUUGUAAAUUUAAUGUCUACGUUCAACGAAUAUAGUAAAGAUUUUCAAAUUUUUUAAAAAUA